AUGUUCAUCAGGAUUUUGAUUUCAUCUCUUCUGCUUUCAGGUGCACUGUCAUUGGUAUCUUUCAGUGUUCCACAGCGGGGGAACGCAAUAGGUACUCCGAGCUUUGGAGAGUUGUUCAAUGUCGUCGAAACUCCAAACAAACGUGGAGCAACUGUGUUGGAAGCACCAGUCCGACAGGACGGCGUGAAGCUCUACAUCGCCAUCGAUUCGGAUUCUUUCAACUACAAAGAACGACCAGGAAACGGCGGCAUUCGUCUUCUAAACUACAAAUCAACCCAAGAUGCCAUCGACGAUGCUGUCCGUCUUGCAAUGGGAAUGACAAGAAAGCACGACAUGUUCCGGACUGGAUUUUCUGGGGCCAAGGUUGUUGUCGACACUGACCAUGCCAAUCUAGAAACCAUUGAUCGAGAGGCUUUGAUGAAGGACGCCGCUAGCGCUCUCAAGGCUCUGGAAGGACAAAUGUACACGGGGUGUGACUUGAAUACUUCCGACGAAGACAUGGACUAUCUUGUUGAAGCUACAGAUGAUAAAUUCGUCUUGGCAGGGAGAAACUCUAGAGUCGACACUAAUGUAGCCACAGCAUCCUCCGUCAUUGGAUCAAUAUUGGGGGUGCUAGAUUGCAUGGACGAUACUGACUUCAGCGAACUCACGUUCACUGUCCAAGGAUGUGGCAAGGUCGGCAGCACAGUCGCGAAAGAGCUCGUGGCACGUGGUGCAAAGUGCGUGCAAACAUGUGAUUUAUUGAUGGAAGCUACAAAGAUACCUGGAUGUACUUCAAUUGAAGACUGGACAAACACUCCCUGUGAUUUCUUGGUACCAUGUGCAAAUUCUCUUGCAAUUACCGAAAAUGUCGCCAUCAAUUUCCCCGACGGUUUGAAAUACUGCGUUGGUGCAGCCAACUCUCCAUUUUCCAGCGUUGAGGCUCGUUUGAUUUUCGAUGCAAGAGGAGUAAUGCACGUUCCCGAAAGCAUUUCCAGUGCUGGUGCCAUCCUCGCCGACAGUGUUGAGUGGUAUGACAUCAACCUGUACCAAAAUGUUCAACCGGAACUAAUGUACGGUUGGAUUCGUGACCAGAGCAAAGCGAAGGCAAGCGAUCUUGUGAACAAAGCUGACAAGACAGCAAAAAGUGUUCAAGCCGUUAUUGGAGAUGUUGUACCAAAUAGAUCAGGUGAUCCAGUGGGAAAAGAUUUCCCGGAAUGGAUCAAGGAGAACACUAUGAAGACGGAUACUUUGAUUGUCGGCGGAGGUGUUGCAGGCACAGCUACUGCCUUUUCAUUGGGGCAACGUGGUAUCAAAACGGUUCUUGUUGAGAAGGGAAAAUCUGUCGCACCUGCUGAUGCCAGCAGCAACGGUGACAGUCGCAUGUACCGAAAGAUGUACUCGUCUGAAUUCUUUAGCAGAAUGCAGUCGCAGGCCCUUGAGCGAUGGGAUGAUGUAGAAAAAGAAAGCGGGGAGAAGCUUCUUCAAGAAAACGGCCUUCUGUUCUACGGAGAAGAUACUGGUGAAACAGUAGAAGGAUCGGUCUUGGGAGCAAAGCAAGUGAUGGAAAACCUGAAUCUUCCACACCAGUUCUACGCCACUGGCGAUGCGAUCGCCGAGAAAUACCCAGCGCUUUCUGGAUGCAAAGGCAAGGAUUAUAGUGGAGUGUGCGAAGAUACUGCAGGCCAUAUUCGAGCCUCCAAAGCUUGCCACGCCAUGGUCAAGGCAGCUGGGGACACUUGUGACGUUCACAUCAACUCAAAGAUUGUAUCUCUUGAUGUGAGCGAUUCUGCAGUUGAUGGUGAGUACACAGUCAAGGCUGUCAAGCAAGACGGCACUACCAUUCAGGCAAAGAAUGCUGUUUUGGCUUGUGGACCAUGGACUAAUGAUGUCCUGCAAAUGGCAAGUCUGCCAAGAAUUAAACUUGAUAUCUGGAUGGUUCAAUGGGCUCAUUACGAGGUCGAUACCGAGAUCGGAGCGAGUAUCCCUCAAGCUUUCCAUUUCAAAAAAGAAAAUGGUAUUGACGGCGGCUUGUAUUACAUUUUCCCUUCCAGCGCAACUGAAAGCUUGGAGUCUAAGGAUGGAAAGUCCUACGUUAAAGUCGGCGUUGAUUUUCCAACAUUUGAAGCUCUGAACAGUAUGGACGAUUUCAACUAUGAGGGAUCCGAAGAUGUCUUGAGCUUGAUGGAUGCCUGGGUCAAUGAGCAUCUUCCACAAGUUGGAAAAAGAAUCAACGCGUACACUAGUCCUUACACCAUGACUGAAGAUUCCUACUUCAUCAUGGAUAAGAUUGCUCCCAAUGUUGCCAUUUUUGCUGGCGGCAGCGGUCGUGGGUUCAAAUUUGGUCCCUUACUCGGGGAUUGCAUGUCAUCAUUGCUCCACAACGAAGACGGACCAGUGGAUCUAAAGCCAUUUUCGUUAGAGCGGGAAGCUCUCAAGUUGUAA